AAUCUUCGAUUUCAAUGCUAGUUACGUUUCCCUUGCUUUGGCAGAGUGGUACAGUCGGUGCUGCAGCUGAGCAGGAAGAUGGUGAAUUCAAAGGUUCGGGUGCAAUAAGAAAUGUUCAGCUUCUCGUUUCCUGUUUAACUUGUUUACACGACGCUGUGAGAUUCAGCCGGUGGUGUUCUGUUGCGUGGCUGGGUUUGAAAACCCCCCUUAAUAGCCGACUCUUCUCUCAUCUACCAUCCUAGCUUCAUUCAAUGCCUAACACUGCAGGAAGUCCAGCCGCAGAUCUUUCAGGCAGCGGUGGCCAGGCUGCUGUGGAGACGCCCCGGAGCAGAGAUGGGGGGGAACACGGCUUGGUCAAUUCUUUGAGCCGAGGUGCUUCGGCUGCACCUGGAGGAUCAAGCAGCGAAGGACAGCGUCCGCGGACCUGCCCAGUGACACACUCCCGGGAACAGUUUUACACUGUGUGUUCAGACUACGCCUUGGUGAACCAGGCUGCGUGUCUCUAUCACUCCUCUGAACACUCAGCCCCUGCAGCCUCACUCGUACAGUCACUCGCUGAGGGCCAGGAUCACAGCAGCUCCAGUAUGACUUGUGAGGGGGACUCUGCUAUGGAAGCCGUGUCUGCCAGUCACACAAAGCCUGUGCUAGCGUGGGAGAUCGACACCACAGACUUUGAUGCUGUUUUAAUAAGAAUGAAAAGCUGGACAGGCAACCUGAAGAAGACCGGCUCCAGGAAGAUAAAGGCCUCUGAUAAGCACAGUCGAAACUUACAAGAGUUUCCCCAGCAGGCAACACUGGAAGAAGUGAAACAGAGAAAAGUACUGGAUCAAAGAAGAUGGUAUUGCAUCAGUCGUCCCCAGUACAAGACUUCCUGUGGAAUUUCCUCUUUGGUGUCGUGCUGGAAUUUCUUGUACAGCACACUUGGGGCAGGGAGUCUCCCGCCAAUCACCCAAGAGGAGGCGUUGCUUAUUUUGGGCUUCCAGCCACCCUUUGAAGAGAUCAAGUUCGGUCCCUUCACUGGAAAUGCAACACUAAUGCGGUGGUUCAGACAAAUCAAUGAUAACUUUCGUGUUCGAGGAUGUUCAUAUAUUUUAUACAAACCGCAUGGGAAAAACAGAACCGCUGGGGAAACGGCUGAAGGAGCUUUACUGAAAUUAACCCGAGGACUACAAGACGAUUCGAUGGCUUAUAUCUACCACUGUCAGAAUCACUACUUCUGUCCAGUGGGAUUUGAAGCAACCCCGUUGAAAGCUGCUAAAGCAUACAGGGGUCCCCUCCCACAUAAGGAAGUGGAGCACUGGAUACUUAUUGGAGAGCCAAGCAGGAAACAUCCAGCCAUACACUGCAAAAAGUGGGCAGACAUAGUGACAGAUCUCAAUACACAGAAUCCAGAAUAUCUUGACAUUCGUCACACAGAGAGGGGUUUACAAUACCGAAAAACAAAGAAGGUGGGAGGUAACCUGCACUGUCUCCUAGCAUUCCAAAGAGUAAACUGGCAAAGAUUGGGCCCCUGGGCAUUAAACUGUGAAAACCUUGGGCAAGAAAUUCAUCAGCAGGUCUCUGCUCGCAGCGGGGCAGGCGUCUCGGACAGCAGGGAAGACAACAGUCCCGUCAAACACCACGGAUGCUUGGGAAGGACACUUAGUGGAGGCUUUCAAAAGGAAUGGAAGAGAUUCUCUAACACCUCCGAAUAUAUCAGCAUUUGGUUGAACCAGGCUUUGAAAGGAGCGAGAGACCGGGACGGGAACUCUGUUCACAAUGCUCAUCUCCUCACCCUGUUCAAUCGGCUGUGCAAGCUGCUGUUUUUUAGAAUACGACCCGUAUUUGUUUUUGACGGCGAUGCCCCCCUGCUCAAGAAGCAGACACUGGCAAGUAGAAGGCAGAGGAAGGAAGAAGCCGUUAAAGAGUCCAAAGAAACAUCGGAGAAGCUGCUGAAAACAUUCCUGAAGAGACAAGCCAUCAAAGCUGCUUUGGGAAACCGAAGUCAAGAGACUUUGCCCAGCAUUUCCAAUGUCCGAAGGGAAGAAGUGGAUGAUAUGUAUGUUUUGCCUUCCUUGCAAGAUAAAGAACUAAACAGUUCUGAAGAGGAAGCAGAGCAAGAAUGGGAAGAGACAGCAACUAACAGGAGAAUAUUUCAGGAAGAAUUUUUUGAGAAUCCCAACGCUGUGGACAUCGACUCUGAAGAAUUUGCCACUUUACCUGCAGAAGUGAAGCACGAGAUCCUUAAUGAGAUGAAGGAGUUUAGCAAGAGACGAAGAACGAUGUUUGAAGCUCCGCCUGAGAAAUCCCCCGAGUUUUCACAGUACCAGCUGAGCGGGCUGCUGAAGAGGAACAGUCUAAACCAGCGCAUCCAGAGUGUGCAGGCGGAGCUGAAUCAGCAGAGCUCAGGGCUGCUCCCAGCAGAGCUCAGCAUGGAGGGAGGAGCUGACAGCAGCGUGGAGACACGGAGGCUGCUCUCAGAGGACACUUCACACUACAUACUCAUUACAGGGACAAAGAAAACUAAAAAAACUUUGGCGGAAAAAGGAACAAUUCAGCCCUUGGCUAGCACAUCCAAAGGAGCCAUCGUUUCUGCGGAACCUCCUCUAUGGCACCCGGCACCAAAUGAAGAGCCUCCCUCCCCUCGCACGCUCCGGGCAAUCAGAGAGGCCAUGCAGGAAGAGGAGAGCGCCAGCACAGCGACUGCCCCGCCCUCUCCCAGGACUGUGCAGGCCAUUCAGGCAGCCAUGGAGAGCUGCUCUGAUGAAGACGUGGAAGUUGUUGACACUAAAAUGGCAUUGAGACAGGAGGCUGUGCUUGGCUCAGGAGGGCUCUUGAGACAGGACAUUGUGCUUUACUCAGGUGAUACAAGUGAAAGUCGGCUCUUGACACAGGAUGCUGUGCUUGGCUCAGGGGGACUGUCACCGAGGACUCUGUGUGCCGUCCAGGUGGCUCUUAAAGACGAUAGCAAGGAAAAAACAGUGAAGCACUCUGAAAACAACCAGCAGGGUGUCAGAAAAACAAUUCUCAUCAACAGCUCAGAUGACGAGGGCACCAUGGAAGUAAUCUGUGAAAGAAACCAAGCUUCCCGAGCUACCGUAGCUGUGCAGAGCACACCGGCAAAGGAGGGCAGGUCUCUUGAAGUGGUUCACUUGGAGGACAGCAGUUUAGGAUCUGAAAAAACAGAUGGGAAUCUAGAAGGCGAUGACCAUUCGCAGGCAGCUGACCUGGAACUGGGCAAAAGGGUGGCCGAUAAGCUGCUUGGAAAUGAAAAGGUUUCAGAAAUCUCUGUGCUUCCUCACUUAGCUGCUUCAAACAGGAAGGGAGCUGGUUCACCAACCUGCACUGUUUCUUCAGAGGCUGGCGAGACACCAGUUUAUUCUUCUGCUAAAGAGGAAACAUCUAAAAACACAAAACAAGAUGUGACUUUGGAAGAUUUCUCUGUAAUAGGUACAGAAAUGCUGCAGAGGGGAAAUGAAGAGAGUGAUUCAGAAGAGAGCUUUAUUGAGGUGUCUGAUGUGGAGGAGGUGGAACCCCUAGAAGAAUGGUUUGGCACUCCGCACCCCCAUUCUGCAGCCGAACACAUUCCCAACCGUGCAGCCAGACAAGAGUGUGCUGAAGAGGAGGCUGUGAACGAGUGGGCAGAUAGGAGCUUGGAAGAACUGGAAGAGCUGGAGAACAACCUUUAUGUGCAACAGAAGUGCCUUCAAGCUGAGAAACAGCAGCAGGAACGUAUUGCUGCUACUGUCACUGGCCAGAUGCAGCUGGAGAGCCAGGAGCUGCUGCGUCUCUUUGGCAUUCCUUUCAUUGUUGCCCCCAUGGAGGCUGAAGCACAGUGUGCCGUCCUGGACCUCACUGACCAGACUAGUGGGACCAUAACGGACGACAGCGACAUCUGGCUGUUUGGGGCAAGACAUGUCUACAAGAACUUCUUCAGUCAGAACAAAUACGUGGAGUCCUACCAGUACAGUGAUCUUCAAAACCAGCUAGGGUUAGACCGAAGUAAACUCAUCAAUCUGGCCUAUUUGCUGGGUAGUGAUUAUACAGAGGGUGUUCCUGGGGUGGGGUAUGUGACUGGAAUGGAGAUUUUAAAUGAAUUCCCAGGACCUGGAAUGGAGCCUCUCGUUAAGUUCCGUGACUGGUGGACAGAAGCUCAGAAGAAUAAGAAGAUGAGGCCGAACCCCAACGACAGCAAAGUGAAGCGGACGCUGCGGAGCGUGCAGCUGCAGCCCGGCUUUCCCUGCCCUGCAGUAUCAGAGGCCUACCUGCAGCCAGUGGUGGACGACUCCCAGGGCGGCUUCUUCUGGGGACGACCCAAUCUGGAGGAGAUCAAAGAAUUCUGUGGAAGUCGCUUUGGCUGGAAUGGAAGAAAAACAGAUGAACUUCUCUUGCCAGUAAUGAAGCAGCUGAAUGCCCAGCAGACCCAGCUGCGGAUUGAUUCAUUCUUUAGACUGGAGCAGCAUGAGAGGCAGGCCAUGAAGAGCCAGCGUCUGCGCAGAGCUGUGUCCUGCAUGAAGAGGAAGCAGCGAGAGGAGGAGGAGGACGAGACGCUCGUCCUGGAGGAGGGGAGCCAGGCUCCGGGGAAAGGGAAGAAAGCAGCAGUGGCCUCAAAAUCACCCAGACCCCAGUCACAGAACAAGGACAGGAAGCAGCCGGAGAUCCCCUUGAGUGGAGGAGGCUUCCUGGGCUUUUCAGGUGCAGUCCAGCAGGGGGUGUCUUCAGGGGAAGAGGUCUCUGUGAGGGAGGCAGAGGCAAUGAAACCGGGGCUGCCCACAUCCCAGACCAGAGCAGCUCAGAAAUGGGAAUCGCUCGCCGUCACCCCUAAAGAAUGGAAGAACAGCAGCAGCUCCAGUGAGGAGAGCGAUGGGGGCAACAAGGGGGCGAUGGUCACUGCCAAAUCCGUGUUUGAAAACCAAAAGGGCAAAGCUAACAAAAGCACCAGAGCGAGAAAGAGAAGAAGAGUUUGAUCAUGUCUAACCAUGACACAAAGAGAGGUCAAGGAUCUGAUAGACCUGGAGACUGAACUGUCAUUGAGGAUUGUCCCAGCAGGGCAGGCUGCGUGGGGAAGCUCACAUGAGAAAUGUUUGAGAUCACCCUGUUUGAAGCUCACAUGAGAAAUGUUUGAGAUCACCCUGUUUGAAGCUCACAAGAGCAAUGUUUGAGAUCAUCCUGUUUGAAGUCACAGGGCACAGUGUAAAUGGUUGAGUUUCAGGUUAACACGGUGAUUGUUUUUUACUGUAUUUUAAUAUUCUGAUUGAUUUAAUGAAACAUUGUAACUAUAUUCUGUAUACUGCAUUACUGUUUCUGUUGCUAGCAUAUCAGCAUAUCCCUGGUGCCCAUUCUUAAGGUGUGAAUCCAUUGCUUGAUGAGUGGUAUGUUAAUGUGCAUAUACUGUUGUUACCUGCUGUCUUUCCAUGUGUUUUAUAGGAUAGUACCAAGCUGUAAGUAAUCUGGUAGUUACUGUGACCUGGAUAUGUCAGAGCGCAGCUGUUGAGAUCAGUUAACUGCGGCCGUCCCUCUAGUGCUCUUGGUCUUAGUCAGCACUGGGGUCUGUCAGCCUGAAAGGCACUGAAUAAAUCUCCUGCAAAACCCAUUUACCAAGGAGCCAGAGCAAAGCAAAGCAAAGCAAAGCAACAGCACACACGAAGGCAUUCAUUUACCAAGGAGCCAGAGCAAAGCAACAGCACACACAAAGGUAUUAAUUUACCAAGGAGCCAGAGCAGAGCAAAGCAAAGCAAAGCAACAGCACACACGAAGGUAUUCAUUUACCAAGGAGCCAGAGCAAAGCAAAGCAACAGCACACACAAAGGCAUUCAUUUACCAAGGAGUCAGAGCAAAGCAAAGCAACAGCACACACGAAGGCAUUCAUUUACCAAGGAGCCAGAGCAGAGCAAAGCAAAGCAACAGCACACACGAAGGCAUUCAUUUACCAAGGAGCCAGAGCAGAGCAAAGCAAAGCAACAGCACACACGAAGGCAUUCAUUUACCAAGGAGCCAGAGCAGAGCAAAGCAAAGCAACAGCACACACGAAGGUAUGUCAGGCAUUUACAACUGGAAGUUUGGCAAGACAAAGGCUUAUUUUAAUUGUGUGAAUAAUCUGUUGUAUGGUGUUGUAUUCCAUUGGUUCCCUCCUUACUAACAAAGUUGUGAAUUCUGUCCUGUUAAAACGUCGGCAGUAAUGCAAACACCGCCUCUUAGAAACGGAACAUGAGACACCUUUUUUAUGAUUAUUUUUGGAAUCCACUAAACUAAACAAAACAAAUUGCUGAACACGUAAUAAUUGAGAGUGUAUUUUUUCUCUAUUGGAAGAGGAAGUUAAUACCGUCUGUAUUAAAUGCAAUUCUGAAACACU